AUGUUAGGCUCUUUGACCAUUAUUGUAGCUCACCAUAUGUAUGCUAUGCCUCCUUAUCCAUACCUAGCUACUGAUUAUGGUACACAACUGUCAUUGUUCACACAUCACAUGUGGAUUGGGGGCUUUCUCAUAGUUGGUGCUGCUGCACAUGCAACCAUUUUUAUGGUAAGAGACUAUGAUCCAACUACUCGAUACAACAAUCUAUUAGAUCGUGUUCUUAGACAGCGUGAUGCAAUCAUAUCACAUCUCAACUGGGUGUGUAUAUUUUUAGGUUUUCACAGUUUUGGGUUGUAUAUUCAUAAUGAUACCAUGAGUGCUUUAGGGCGCCCUCAAGAUAUGUUUUCAGAUACCGCUAUACAAUUACAACCUGUCUUUGCUCAAUGGAUACAAAAUACCCAUGCUUUAGCACCUGGCACAACAGCCCCUGGUGCAACAACAAGCACCAGUUUGACUUGGGGCGGUGGUGAUUUAGUGGCAGUGGGCGGCAAAGUAGCUUUGUUACCUAUUCCAUUAGGAACCGCAGAUUUUUUGGUACAUCAUAUUCAUGCAUUUACAAUUCAUGUGACGGUAUUGAUACUCCUAAAAGGUGUUCUAUUUGCUCGUAGCUCACACUUGAUAUCGGAUAAAGCAAAUCUUGGUUUUCGGUUCCCUUGUGAUGGCCCGGGAAGAGGGGGGACAUGCCAAGUAUCCGCUUGGGAUCAUGUCUUCCUAGGAUUAUUUUGGAUGUACAAUGCAAUUUCUGUAGUAAUAUUCCAUUUCAGUUGGAAAAUGCAAUCAGAUGUUUGGGGAAGUAUAAAUGAUCAAGGAGUAAUAACUCAUAUCACAGGAGGAAACUUUGCGCAGAGUUCGAUUACCAUUAAUGGGUGGCUUUGCGAUUUCUUAUGGGCGCAGGCAUCCCAGGUAAUUCAGUCUUAUGGUUCCUCAUUAUCUGCAUAUGGUCUUUUUUUCUUAGGCGCCCAUUUUGUAUGGGCUUUUAGUUUAAUGUUUCUAUUCAGCGGGCGUGGUUAUUGGCAAGAACUUAUUGAAUCCAUCGUUUGGGCUCAUAAUAAAUUAAAAGUUGCUCCUGCUACUCAGCCUAGAGCCUUAAGCAUUGUACAGGGACGUGCUGUAGGAGUAACACAUUACCUUCUGGGUGGAAUUGCCACAACGUGGGCAUUCUUCUUAGCAAGAAUUAUUGCAGUAGGAUAA